AUGCAUGCCGAUGGAGCCGCCAGUCAACAUCAUUGUGGGGGUGGAAUCAUGUUGACGACUCCCGGAGGUUUCCGUUUAUACUAUUCAUUGACGUACGAGUUCAAAGCCUCGAAUAAUGAGGCUGAGUAUGAGGCCAUGAUCGGAGGAUUGCGGAUGGCCAAGGCCCUUAAAGUUCAAAAGAUUCGGAUAAAGACCGACUCCCGCUUAGUGGUCGGACAAGUAACUGGAACAUGUGAGGCGAAGAAUGAAAGACUCGGACGAUAUAAAGAAGUCACUGAGGGACUUCUGGGUGAAUUCGAAGCCUAUGAGUUAGAGAACGUGCCCCGCGCCGAGAAUACAGAGGCCGAUAUUUUGUCCAAAAUGGCCUUAGGAGGAAUACCAGAUCAUCUCCUCAGAAUCUGUUAG